ACCGGUUUGUCUGAAGUGAAAGCAGACUGUUGGCCCAUCCUCGGGUUUCACUACACAUUUGGACAUCAUCUACACACAUGCAAACAUGCACAGGGAUCUGAGUUCUUUUUGCAAACGCAAAAGGCUGAAUUUCAUGAGCUGGAUCUGAGAAAACGUGGACCCUUGCUCCAUAUGAGGAAAAAAAUCAUCAGCACAACUUGUGUCCUCUUGGGUCUGUUUUCAAGUUUGCAUCUUUGCUCUGGGAAAUUUGGAACACCAAUUACUGAUGAUGUGAGCAAGCUGUCCAUAUUGAAGCAGAAUAUCCCCACUGAUUAUGAGAUCCCUGUUAGUUACAUUCCCAAAGAGGUGGCCGGCACAUGCUGGGUGGUUUUAAAUAUCUAUCCUUUGGAGGAAAGUCUUCGAAAUCUGGCCAGCUUGUUUGGUGCCAUGUCCUCCAACAAAGAUAACAUAAUCGUCUUCAUUGCAAUGCUGAAGAGCUUACGUUUCACCUUUGACCACGAAGAACUGGAAGAAGCAAUGCAGGUCUUCCAGUGUCACUAUCAAAAAAAGAGCUUAGUGUCUGGACUUUACUUUGACUACAUCCAAGACCUCUUACAUGCUGCCACUCAAGGAACGUCAAGCUUCUCCUGCAAGCCACCGCCAUGCCUUAAUCAUCAGCAAACACCAGAAGGUCAAGAGGAGAGUCGCAAAUACAGCUGGUUAAAGAGAAGCGCCUUGCUUUUGGUGCUAAUCCCCUUCACAGCCUGUGUAGUGCUGAUUGUUUGGCAGGUAAAGUCUGGGCCAAGCCUUGUUGCGUGCAAAACUUCAAAUGGCCGAACCGCAUCUCCCGACAUGAUCCCAACUGUGUCUGUCUCCAUCCCACUUCAAGCACUCACCCACGCCGCAGACUGCCAGGCAACGGGGGAGGCAAUCUCUGAACAUGAGAGUGGAUGAAUCCUGAUAGUGUAGAAAAAUUAGUGUGGUCUGCCAUUUUCCUGCUCAAGCACCAGAGAAACUGGAUGAGAGAAAGUCUGCUGGUGUAUAUGGAAAGUGUGUUAGCAAGGUUCACCGGGUUCUUGAGUCUAAACAAGAGUAAUCUCAAUAGUUGGCUCUCUCCAAAACGGGCUGCUGAUGUAAAAACAUCAUAUUGUCUUGGCUGGUGAAUAAAAGCUCUUAGCUGGUCUGUUCUGUGAAGUUAAAAGCCACUUUAAUGUCAUUCAGGCUAUUGUGGGGCCUUAUUUGGGAGCUUAUCGACGGGGCUUCACAUCAGCACAAUGCUACACAGUUCAGAGAACCUUGUUAUUUUGAUAUGGAACAACACUCAUGAUGUCAUGGUUGUUGAAGUGAUUGUCCUUUCAUUUCUCUACAGUCUACAGAGUUCUUUGGAAAUCUUUUAAAGAUUCAUGGAACAAAGUCCAUUCCUACGAAGGUCGUGUGAAUAUCAAAACCACAGAAAGGACUGAUGAAACUUCUCUUCUACUUGUUGUUGACAUUGUUGCAAUCUGUUAUCUGUCACAAAUGAUGGACCUACUAGUCACGAACAACACUCUGAGGAGUAAAUCAAAUGUCUGACUAUGAAUCAAAGAUCUGACCAGAUGGCAGAUAGCCAUGGCCAGAGGCACUUUGAAUCCAGUCAUUGUGUUUCAGAGUCUGUUGCUCGGUGAUCUAUUGCUGCUCCUCGGCCACUGCAAGUCUGUUGGGAGGUUUUUAAUGCCUCAGUUAGGGAGUCAAUCACUUUCAGUCAUAAGAGCAUGACUCUCAGAGUGUGAGUGCUCUUGUACUGCAUGUGUCAGAGACCAGGACCAAGAGACAGGACAGGCACAGCGAGGGAAAGUGAGGGAGAUAGAGACGGACGGAUAGAUGAACGGAUGAGCUCAGUGAGGAGCAUAAGGAGGGAUUGUUCUCAUCACAAAAGAGCAGGCCGUAGGCUGAAGGAAGUGCCAGUUGCAAACAUGACCAAUGUCGACAGAUCUCUAUGAAUCAACCGGCUAAGAAUCUUCGCAAACCGCAGGCUAUGUAGUUGAAUCUGCAGGCAUUGGUCAGCAUUUCAAAAACAAUUCACUUGAUUUAUUUCCAAAAUAGGUAUUUGACAUAUGGAUUAUUCUAUAGUGAGAUGUUUUGGAUGAGGUUCAAAACCAAGCAAACAUUUCACAUCUUCUAAGUGUACUAUAUCGGUGAAUUUCAUUUUUGUAAUUGUAAGUAAAUGAGUAUUUGUAUGUGUGAUGUUUAAGUUAUUUUAUUACACUUUGAAUGUCUAAUAAACCUUUUCCAACAGUUGGAAACAAACAGACAUAAUUUCAAUAUGAAUGCUUCAGGGUCGUGGUUCCCAAACUUAACACUGGUGUUAUUUGGGCUACCUUUAGGUCCUACCUACACUACUGUAAAUUUUCUUUUUAUUUCUAGGUUUGUGAUAAUUCUGCAUGAUUUACAAGCAGUUUUAUGGAUUCCAAUGAAAAAUGCUGCAAUACCAAUGCUGCCCCACUAGGUUGCAAUAAUCUGCUAUAAUUUACUAAAUUAAAACCCAAAAGAGCAAUUUCCUGA